GGCUGGAGGUGAGACGCAGGUGCACGUGGAACAUCUUCCAGUCUAUUGAAUAUGCAGGAGAGCAAGACCAGAACAAGCUCCACAAUUUUUUUGGUUUCUUGAUGGACCACUUCACCCCAGCCAGCAGCGAAAGAAACCUAAUAUCUCACAUCUUUCGUAAGAAUGAAAUCUGUCAGGACACAGAGUGGGAGAGAUACUUUUGCUACAAGAGCGUCGAGGUCCCCGACAGCUACACUGGCCCCCAUCUGACCUUCCCCAUGACUUUCUGUGGGGUGUCGAAGCUGGUGGAGGCCUUCAAGCACAAACAACAGCUUCAUGCUCGAUAUGUUCUGCAGCUUCUUGGAGAGACUUGGAGAAAUCUGAGAGGUCUUCCAAAUAUCAGUCAAGUCUCCUCCUGCCAUGACAAACACAUUACCAUAUGCGGAGACUUACACGGGCAACUUGAAGAUCUGCUGUUGAUAUUCUACAAGAAUGGUUUGCCGUCCUGUGAGACACCGUACGUCUUCAAUGGAGACUUUGUGGAUCGCGGUAAAAACUCUUUAGAGAUCCUGCUCAUCCUGUUUGGGUUCCUGCUUGUCUAUCCCAAUGAUGUCCAUCUGAACAGAGGGAACCACGAGGACCACAUUGUUAACCUGAGAUAUGGUUUCACUAAAGAAGUUUUGGGAAAAUACAGGGUGCAUGGCAAGAAGAUCCUAAAGCUUCUGCAGAAGAUUUUCAGCUGGCUGCCUCUGGCCACACUGAUCGAUAACAAGGUGUUGAUUGUGCAUGGUGGGAUCUCUGACACGACAGACCUCGACAUGUUAGCCAGAGUGGACAGACACAAAUAUGUGUCGGCUCUCAGGCCUCCUAAACUGACCCAUGAUGCAGUCAAUGGCAGUAAGGCUCAGAAUAUGAACAGGAGCGGUGAUGCUGGUGGACCACUGGAGGGCCGGCGUCGAGUGUGUUCUCUGACUUACCAAGGCUCGACCCCAGCUCACAGGCAUUACUUCCAACGCCGCUCGCUUCAUCACACACCAGUGAGCAGCCAAAUCAACUGGUCGGUGGAAGAGGAGCUGAAAAGGAGGCGCAGGCUGGCUGGGUUUGACCAGUCCUACGGUGAGAUGAAGUCGUCUGACUCCGACUCAGACCCGGAGUCUGGUGAAACAACACAGUCAGAUGUGGAUGAGUGGAAACAAAUAGUGGACGUGUUGUGGAGUGAUCCAAUGCCCCAAAAUGGCUGCAUACCCAAUGAGGUACGAGGUGGAGGCUGCUACUGGGGGCCAGACGUCACUGAGGAAGUGCUGGCAAGACACAACCUCCAGCUCCUCAUCCGCUCCCAUGAAUGCAAACAGGACGGUUAUGAGUUCUGCCACGACCGCAGGGUGCUUACUAUAUUCUCAGCGUCUAACUACUAUGCGGUGGGCAGCAACAGAGGAGCCUACAUUCGAAUGGGCCCCGAUCUGGUCCCCCACUUCAUUCAGUAUCAGGCCAGCAGGACAGGCCGAGAGCUCUCCCUGAGACAAAGUGUCGGGUGGACAGAGAGAUCAGCCCUGCGAGCUCUAAGGGGACAACUGUUCGUACAUAAGUCCGAUCUUAUCAGUGCCUUCCAGGAGUUUGAUCCAAACAACAAAGGGAUGAUCUCUUUAAAGGACUGGGCCACUGCCACAGAGAGAGUACUGAAUCUGGGUUUGCCCUGGAGGGUGCUGCGCCCUCAGCUUGUCAGCAGCACCCAGUAUGGCAUGGUAGACUACCAUCAAUGGAUAAGGGAGCUCUCCAUCACUGAGCCCAAACUAGAGGUCUCAGAUAACAGCAUACUGGACACUAUGUACAAAAACCACUCCAACCUGGAAACCAUCUUCCGGAUCAUAGACACAGAUCACUCAGGUUUGAUUUCUAUUGAGGAGUUCCGGCAAACCUGGAAGCUCCUGAGCUCUCAUCUUAAGACAGAGAUCAGUGACAAGGCCAUCACCGAGCUGGUCCAGAGCAUCGACUUUAACAAGGACGGGAGCAUCGAUAUCAAUGAGUUCUUAGAGGCUUUCCGACUGGUGGACCUCUCUGCACAUACCUGAGAGCCUGGACCAGGAGCUGUAGCGGAAGCCUGCUGCAUAGAGAACACACAGGACAGUUUUUUGUAGAUGUUCACCUGGAUACACAUCUGUGGAAAUUCAAAUUAGUCAUUUGAAAUUUAAAUCAUUUGACAUGUGCAAAUCAACCUACCUCUUAGAUUUGUGGCUCUCUUUUUUAAUUUUUACUUUUUUGAGUGUAUUUAAGGAGUUGACUCCAUGAUCGACCGGUUUAGUUGUACAUAAAAAAAAAAUUAACACACGUGAUGUUGUCUUUGCCUUUCAUAUUGACAGCAGGGACCCCACCAAUUUUACACAUCAAUGUCUGU